AGGUAGGGGAGGCACCCAGGUGGCCAUUGUGAGAGGAAAACGCGAUUCGGGCAUCUUAAUUCAAUGUUGUGUCUGCAGUGGGCCGAAGGACCUAAUUCGCUCUUCGUUUAGUGUCUCCGCGGGCAGCCAGGAUGGGCUCCAAGGUGGAGUACGUCGACUCGACGCAGAUGUACGCGACCAGCUACGCGCGCAACUCGAAGGCCGUGGCCGUGCUCUGGGGCGUAUUCACCCUUUGCUAUGCCGUCAUCUGCCUGGUGGCGUUCGCGACCCCUGAGUGGCUGGGCACCACCUCGUCCUCAGGUCGCAUCGGCGUAUGGACCAUCUGCAAUGCCAUCGACGCCCAGUCCGGCAUCGAAACCUGCAUUGGCAAGCUUGAGGACGUGACCACCAUCCCCGGGGUCGCCCUCAGGUCAGCUGCCAUCCUCGUGGGCUUAGGCACCCUGCUCUCACUCGUCUGCGUGCUGGCCUUGCUUUUGUUCUUCUUCUGCGGCACCACUUCGGUCUUCAUGAUUUGCGGAUGGAUUCAACUUUUCUCAGCAAUUUUGAUUGGCGCUGGCGUGAUCGUGUUUCCGGCUGGCUGGGACACUUCGGAAGUGCGUCUCACGUGCGGAUCUUCGGCUGGACAGUAUGCACUAGGCGACUGCUCUGUGCGCUGGGCCCUCGUGCUGGCCGUGAUCGGCUGCCUGGACGGCGUCAUCCUCGCCUCUCUCGCCUUCAUCCUCGCCACCAGACACGUCAGACUGCGCCCCGACCCUGGCCCAGGCUUGCCAUACAAGGGUGAGAUCAAUGGUGCCUUCCUGAACGACGCACAGUCCCUGAGCGGUUCUCGAAAGGCGAUCAACAUGCAGCCUGUGAUGCUGAUGCAGCCGUCAGCAGGCGAUGCUGACCGCUAUUCAGAGUUCUCAAACCGCACUGGACGCUCCAAGGCCAGCGGCUACAGGGGUGACUACUCGUCGAGCGUCCAAAAUUUCCAGUUGUGAACAAAACAGCUGUGCAGACUGAUUAAGUGCCUGUAAGUAGAGACAGACCGCUGGGAUUUGAAAAAUGUGCGCAUUAUGAAAUUUUUCCCGAUUGGAUUUUGAUUAAUCAAAAGCUGUCUGAAGUCGGUUGACAUUCUGUAAUUUUAUUUGAAUGAGUGUGGAGCUUACUUUAAAGCAGUCUCUGGAACAAGCUGUUUGCUUAUGCAUUAUAGUAUGCACAACGUUUUAUUGAAGCAGACUGACUUUGAGGUGCACUCAUGCCCUUUGAUCAUUUAUGCUGUUAGAGAUUCGCCCACAGCCGGCUAGAAUUUAUUUGUGGCCAAAUGACGCAACGAUCAUACUUAUAAAGACUUUAUCGGAAGUGCAAGUUGUGGAUUACAGUGAUUUUCAACGCCGCCAAAUUGUUUGUAUUACAAAGAUCCUGACUUCUCUAUUUUUUAUUCGCUUGUUAGCCAAACUAGUGCUUAAAAAAAGUCUUAUCAAAUUUUCCAGCAGGCAUUUUUUCAAGGGUACCUUUUAAUCCAGAUACUAUGGUGCUAUAUAUUCCCUACCAUUUGAUAGUGUUUGAUGAAAGAUGAAAAUUUGCCAAAGGAAUAGUUUCCGUUAUUUUGAUUCGUUAGAUGCAUUCCUCUAUAGCUAUAAAGUCAAAAGUUUUAGAAAUUACCACCUUUGUUAAUUUGAUCAGCGUAAUUAAUCAAAUGAUGUGCGGUUUUUAUACUUUUGGGCAAGCAUUUGAUUUUUCCAACGGAAAAAUGCUUUGGGAAAUUUGAAUGUUGAAAUUUAACAAGUAUAUAUAGCGUUUUAAUUUUUGACAUUGGUUUUUAUAAAAUCAAGCUUUUUAGUCAUUUAAAUUUUUGGGGGUUGAAAGUCUUGCUGCUAAAUACGAGUAAAUUUCUAAAUCGACUUUUCUGGGAAAAUCGGGGUAAGGAAAAUGUUUUUACAAAGUAUUGUGUAAAUUUCAUCGGCUUCCUGAAUUUGGCGAGAUUUUUUCUCUAGCAUUCAUAACCACCGAAUUAGUAAAUCAAACUCAUACCCUUUUAUGUAAUUGUAAUCAUAAAUUAGAUUUUUUUAAAUAAUUUUUGUAUUAAAAAAUUAUUUUCAACCUAGACUACAAUUUUCAAUAUUGAUAACUAAAUAUAGAAGCUUGUACAACUAAAUAUCCAAAAUUCAAGAUUCAUACUCCUUUACUUGGAAUCCUUUGGCAAACUUUUAACUAAUUUCCUAAUUUCAAACACAAUCAGCAGGAUGGUAGUAAGAAAAAAAUGUUUUUCACGGAUUAUUAGGUCCGUCAGCUGAAUAAUCAGCUUUCCGUAUUAUAUUGAUAUCCAUUUUAACUGCUGGAAAAUUAUUGCUGCGCUGCAUUAUAAUUGUAUUUUUACGCGCUAUAUACUUUUUGCUGUCAGUCUUCCACUUAAACAAACAGAAAUGAAUCUCAUUUGAAUGAUAUUAACUGCUGAAUAUUGUAGUAGAAUAAUGAAUAAAACUGCGGGUUGUACAUA